CGAUCGGUGGUGGUCGCGCUACGAACGGUGGCAGAAUUGCAACCACCCACGAAGGGUUAGCCGCGAUACGAACGGUUAUGCGCGGCGAGAAUGACGGUUGUGUUAGUGGUAAUCGUAAUCUUUGCUGCUGCAUGUGCGGUUCUCUAUGCCCCGCAGAGUGCCACGCGUGCUUCCACAUCGUGUGCUCGGACUACAGCGGCCAGCACUUGUGCCAAUGGACUACCAAGGGUCACGCGCUGCCCGGCCAGGUUCACGACAAGGACAAGCCCGUAAGUGAAUGGACAUCGCUGAACGUUGUUGAAUGGAUGUCAGCCCUAAAUCUGUACCGCUAUGCGGACGUCUUCAAAUCGAAGGACAUCAAAGGCAGCGAUCUGCUUCAUCUGGAUCGGGAGAAGCUUAUGAAUAUGGGCAUAAAAGAUGAAUUUCAUCAGAGGAGCAUCUUAGUGUGUAUCGAGGAACUUUGCCAACUGUCGCCGCCUCCGGUGGCGACCGAGACGGCUGGAACGACGUCGCCGCUCGUAGAUUCCCUUGGGAGCUGUUCCCUCGGGAUCAGCUAUUCGGACAACAAUGUGACCAAUAACGCACACAAUCUCGUGCCGCAGAGCUUCAGCGUGUUAGAGAAGUGCGGCAAAUGCCAUAAAUACCUCAGGGGCCUCUUACAUCAAGGCUUUCUCUGUCAAGAUUGUGGCUUGGUCGCUCACAGGACGUGUUCAGCGACGGGUUUGCCUUCCAAUUGCGUAUCGACCGACUCGAAUAAUCGUAUCAGCAGGUUUACUUCAGUGUUCGGUCUCGCUCUGUGCUCGCAGUUCGACAUCUCCGCUCACGAGGCGCCGAUUCUGGUUGAGCGAUGCGCUCGCAUGCUCGAGAGCUUGGCGUUCGCCGACACGACGUUGGACCUGUAUAAAGUUUACCACAGCAGCCCGACUAAUGAGCAGACCCUCGAGUUGCGACAAAAGCUGAACGAAGACGUCUGCAAUGCGGAUUUAACUUCAUACAGUCCACAAUGCAUCGCGAGCGUUCUAAAGAAGUUCCUACGAGAAUUGCCGGACCCAGUGAUCCCGGUGCAGAUGUACGAUAGGUUUUUGGAAGCGUCAACAGGUAUGAAAAAUAAUGAACAGUGCGCGACGUGCCUCAAUCAAUUGGUGUCAGAGCUGCCGGAGCAUCAUCGUAGCACAUUGCGCUAUUUGAUGGCGCAUUUUUGUCGUAUCUGCCAGAUGCAGCACGGAAGGGGUUACUCGGAACCACCAACUAUCCUUGUGCAAGCGCUCUGCCACGUAAUUCUCAGGCCACCUUGGGAGCGAAUCAUCCAAGUUUUCCACAACACGGAGGCGCACAUACGCAUAAUGGAACUGCUGUUGCUACACGGGGAUUGGAGUGUAAAACUGCCAGAAUUUGCCAGCCCGCCUCAAUUGCCCCCGCGCAAAGUUUCGAGACCGCAGUUUCCGAUUUUGGACCCGUUCCCGGGUCUUGAGGAUGAAACUGUAGACAGAACGGCACCUGGCGCAGAUGCUGGCAAGGAACAACAACCACACAGGCCGCGCACACUUCAAGAUGCGGAGUGGUAUUGGGGCGAUAUUACGAGAGACGAGGUAAACGAGAUGAUGAUUGAUUCCCGGGACGGCACUUUCUUAGUACGCAACGCGUCUUCCAAGGGUGGCGAGUACACCUUAACGUUGCGCAAAGGCGGGACCAACAAAUUAAUCAAGAUCAGCCAUCGUAAUGGGAAAUACGGAUUUUCGGAUCCUUACAGCUUCCAUUCGGUCGUCGAGCUGGUCGACUAUUACAGAAACUGCUCACUUGCUCAGUACAACUCCGUAUUAGACAUCAAACUACUUUAUCCGGUAUCACGAUUUCAGCAGGAUGACGAGAUCGGGAAUACAAAUGAUACGACAAAGAUUCUGCAGAGGUUCACCGAGCUCGAGAAAGAAAUAAGCGAUAAUAUUCGGCACUAUCAAGAAUAUUCAGAUAUGUACAGUCAAACGGCCUUCGAAGUUCAGAAAAAACGUCAAUCUAUAGAAGCAUACUCGGAGGUCAUCAAGAUGAUCGAUGAACAGAUGAAAUUGCGAGAGAAGUUUCAGAAGGAAGCUCAGCCCCAUGAAAUUUCCACUUUGAUGGAGAACGCAGAGAUGUUAAAGAGAAUACAAAAAAACGUAGAAGAUUACAAAGAGACAUUGGGCGAGGAACUGAAACAACAGAUCGCCUAUUAUAGGACUCUCGAGAGGGAAAUGUACAGACUGAAGUCGGAUAUUGGGCAACAAGUACGGCAAAAGGACCGUCAUUCUCUAUGGUUAAAAAAGAAUGGUAUGAAACAGAACAAAGAAGAGCUGGACUUCGCGGUCCAUUGCGACGAGAGUACGUGGCUCAACCUACAAGGUUCUCGUAAUGAUGCCGAUAACUAUCUGAAUGGCCGGCCGGAUGGUACUUUCCUCGUCCGUCGGUCAAGGACGGGCCAGUACGCGCUCUCUAUAGUGUGCAAUGGCACGGUGCAGCACUGCAUAAUAUACGCGACUGAGCGCGGCUACGGGUUUGCGGAACCGUACAACAUCCACGAGAGCUUGAAGCAUCUGGUAUUGCAUUACGCUCAAAAUUCCUUAGAAGAACACAACGAGUGCCUGACCACCACCUUGGCCUAUCCCGCGUUCGCGUCGUCCGCGGCGCUCGCGCAACUGCAGCAGAGGCAGAAGCAGCUCCUCGCUCAAAAUCAAACGCCAUGCAUACGAUCAACCCAGGAUAAUCAGCUCGAUAUGCCGCACACGUAAUAUUGGUAUAACGAGCGUCGCGAUCCGACCGAGUGCGAGUAUGUUCACGCACGUAUCUGAAUCCUGCUGCAAAUACGCCAUUUGUGUUGACGUGAUCGACCGAUCGAUCAUGUUACGUGAGCCUUUCUUAACGCGUUCAAAACACUGUUUUGCUUCACGAGAGAUAGAGAAUGCUUCGUCAUUUAUUCGGGAACGUUUCUCGAAAUCGGGUACCGUUAAUUAUAAGCAUUAUGUCGCGCGAAUAGACAUUGUGAAACAAUGUAAUUUACCGUUGGUUACUUGAGGUUACUUACUUGAGGAUCGAACAAUAAAGUAAGUCGCGAGGUUUUCCAAAAAAGCACUCCGACAAAACUUGUAAUAGCAGUAUAUAACAAUGUAUAAAUGACGCUGAGUAAUAAUACUAAUAGUAACGAUAAGAGUUGCAAGAGGUUUUAGCGAUAGAAUUUAGGCAUGUAGAUAUAUAUAUAUAUAUUAUAUACAGGGUGUCUCAUGAAGAUCGUAGGCAGGUAGAGGGGAUCAUUCUG